UCGCUGUUUGUGUGUCUCAGCAUCACUGCCACACCCUUGUCGGGAGUUGCAGCAGCAGCAGCAGCAUGAUGCGAGUCGCCCUGCUAGUUUUGGCUCUCACGGUAGUCUGCAAUGGGAUCCUCCCUGAGAUAGUGGAUCUAGGCAUCAGUCACAUCCUGGAGGAUAAUUCCUCCCAGGGACAAACGGAGCUGGAUCGCAUGUUUGUGAAAGUGGAGCAACUGCCAGAGGAUCCGGAGCAAAAGCCCGAUGCGUUUCAUAAAAGGAACAACGAGAGUGUAAAUCUCAGCCCUCACCCUAAUAACCUUCCUGCAAGUCGUCAUCCAAAUGAGACUGCUUCUGAUAAAGUGACUGAAAACGAAUCUGUCCACACCUCAGCAGAACAGGAGACAAACAACAUUACCACAGCCGUCCAGUCCAGUGACCUGGAGAACAAUAUUGAUUAUGGGUGCAUUGCUGAAGAGGACUGUGGGAAGGGCAGGUAUUGCCUUCAUGACAAGCACAACUCAAAGUGUCUGCCUUGCAAAGCAAUCGAUAUGUCCUGCACUAAGGAUACGGAGUGCUGUGGUGAGCAGCUGUGUGUGUGGGGACAGUGCAGUCUGAACGCAGCCAAAGGAGAGGCCGGCAGCACUUGUCAAUAUCAGACUGACUGCAGCCCGGACCUCUGCUGUCUUCUCCACAAAGCCCUGCUCUUCCCUGUCUGCUCGGCCAAGCCCAUUGAGCGUGAGCGCUGUUUUGGUGCCUCCAACCACCUGUUGGAGCUGUUGUCAUGGGACGUUCAGGACAAAGGACCCAGGAAACAUUGCCCCUGUGCAGGAGAUCUCCAAUGCAAGCACCUGGGACGAGGGUCCAUGUGCCUUGAAGGAGAGGACUCAAGUGAAGAGGAUCAGACAGACAGUCUAUACUCCGAGAUAGACUAUAUCAUUUAGACGCAGCGGGAUUGGAUUCAGUUUCACAUUUCCUUGUAAACAACUAGACAGGGGUCUGUAUUGACUCCAGAGCUUUGUCGCAAAGAACAAUAGUACUUUGUGUUUGUGAAUACCUGUUGACUGCAUCACCUAGAUCAUAAGCUGAUAAGUUGAGUAGCAGCCUGGCAUCAUCUUAAUAUAGUGAGACCAAAGUAGAACAAAGUCCCCACCCAGUUUGCAGUCCCACUGCAUUUACUGUGCACCAGGUAGAAAAAUGACCCAGAUACAAUCAGGCUUAAUGUACUGCAUGAUCAAUAAAAUAGUCUCACAGAAGCAGACAAUAAUUAAUAACGUUCAGGCUUCCAAGACUCCCCUCAACAUUACACAUGUAUUCAUCUACAAGAAACACUACCAUGAGAUGUCAGCAGACUUCGGUAAAAGGUAACAGUUGGUCAUAUUGUCAUGUAGGAAGCUCAUUUGCAUUCUUCUAUACAUGUCUGAUAAAAUCUUUGUUUAAGAGUAAAUCUAAUUCUAGCUGCUGUAAUACCAUUUCCUCUUCACUUUUCCUCUUUAUUCCUGAGAAAGUGUUUUGGCAAACAUAGUUGCUUGAUCCUAACAAUAUCUGCUCUGCUCUACGUACUGUAAUGUUUUUAAAGAUCUAGGCCUAACCCUAACCUGUUUAUGGCACCAAGAUGACAUGUUAUCAAAUGCACCACAAGAGAAAACACUGUCUAAUAUGCCAUGUUGAGAUUUAUUCUAUCUAUAUUGUUUUUAUAUAUUUAUUGUAUGUGCGGUUUCUUUUAUACAUGUACUUAAUUCUGUAACACUUAUUUCAAUUGUCCAUUUUUGUCUCUCAAGCAGUAUCUCAUGUCCAGCGGCUUGUCAACAACAUAUCAGAAAAUAUUAGGUGUACAUCCAAAACAGUAGCUUAUUUGACUAAAGUCAUUCAACUUAAAUUCUUCUAUAGAUUAAACAUGUACAUCAUAAAACUCAGACCUUGUAUGAAAAUUGAACAAAUAUCAGCAUCUAGAAAUGCUAAAACGAA